UUGAUUGUGUGUGCGACUACGACAGCAUAAAGAAAAGUGAAAAUCAGUCGUGAAAAAUCGAAUUCUGGAAAAACGACUCGGAAAAGGUGCUUGAUUUUAGUGGUUUUUCGGUGAUUUCGAAGGCGAAUUUGAAUGCACUCAAUGUCCGCCGAGUAACCACCAGGCGGUUAGAAUGAAAUCCUUCGCAUCCGUUGCUUUGUGGACGGUUUUGCUGCUGUUGUUUACAGAUCGUUCCGAUGGCCGUAGACAUCAUCUGGAAGUGCGGGAUGACUUACGGCGGUAUAUUCCGCUGAGCACAUUCGGAUUCUACCCGGGAGGAAUUCUGGACGUGAAGUUGUCCAAUUUUAUGGUCACCCCCCAUAGUGAAAAUAACAUUUAUGGCCUCUCCUUGGAUAAAACCCUUUCGGAUGCGAUGAAUCCGUAUCUGGACACCCACCAGGAUAAUUGCAUACUGCAAGAACCGAUUAGUUCCCUGCGAAGCGGGCCGAUUCUGUUUUUCAUCAUGGAUCUAAAGCGAGAGGUUGUCCAUCUGAAUUGUUCGAGCGAAUGGGAAAACACGCACAUUUACAAGGAUGCUAGUCAUAUUCCACCGAUGCGCGGCAAGCGGCAAUCGUUUGCAACGGUUAGCGAUUCGAAAUCGAUGUAUAUGCAGCGCAGGAAACGAGAGGGUAAUUUGUACAAUAAUAGUCCAAAUCUGUUAAAUACAUGCUUUGUACUCAUUGCAGCUAAAGAUCUAGUUUCCGUAUGCCGCAAUUAUAAUCUGACGUUGACUUGCGCCACUAAUGAUCUUCCAUUCAAAAUUUGCAGUUUCACAUUCGCAAUGGAAAUCUCGAACAAAGCCGACGAAGGCCUCUACAAUCUGUAUUUCCAUAGUUGCCCCAACUACGACAUGAACACGUUGUAUUCGCUCCAGUUCGACGUUGAUAUAGAGGAGAAGAACGGUCAAAAUUAUCUCUCGGCCGGAGAGAUGCCCCUUCCAGCAUUGUACUUCAUGAUGUCCCUGCUGUUCUUCCUGUCCGGUCUGUUUUGGGUGUUCAUUCUGAAGAAGAGCAAACAUCCUGUUUUCAAGAUCCAUUACCUGAUGGCGGUUUUGGUGUUUUUGAAAUCGCUCUCGUUGCUCUUCCACGGAAUCAAUUACCACUUCAUUCAGACCAAGGGCGAGCACGUCGAGGCUUGGGCCAUUCUCUACUAUAUUACUCAUUUACUGAAAGGGGCGGUCCUGUUCAUUACGAUCGUCCUGAUUGGUACCGGAUGGACCUUCAUCAAGCACAUCUUGGCCGACAAGGACAAAAAGUUGUUCAUGAUAGUGAUUCCGCUGCAGGUGUUGGCCAACGUGGCGGAGAUCAUUAUCGCCGAGAGCGAAGAGGGCGACAAGGAGCACAGCACGUGGCGGGACAUUUUCAUACUGGUUGAUCUGCUGUGCUGCGGGGCGAUUCUGUUCCCGGUGGUGUGGUCCAUCCGGCACUUGCAGGAAGCGGCCGGAACGGACGGGAAGGCCGCCAUCAACUUGCGCAAGCUCAAACUGUUCCGCCAGUUCUACAUCAUGAUUGUGUGCUACAUCUACUUCACCAGGAUUAUCGUGUAUUUGCUGAAGAUCACCGUUGCGUUCCAGUACGCCUGGUUGGACGAGAUGUUCAAAGAAAUGGCCACGUACGUGUUUUUCGUUCUAACCGGGUACAAAUUCCGCCCAGUAUCGCAGAAUCCAUACUUCUCCAUGCACGACGUCGACGAUGACGACGACGAUGAAGUGGAAAUUCUCACCCAGACGGGCCUCACCGAGGGCAUCAGCAAGGUGACCAACCGCUCGCAGCCCCCGGGCACCAUGGUCCACGAAUCGAACGAAGAGGAACGGGAAAAUUUGAUCAGUAAACGGGAAUCGUCCCACGAGUAUGACUAAGUUUUCGCAAAAGCUACCUACCUAGCGACGACUCCUUUGUAAUUAUUUAUUAGUGUAUGUCGUACCUAUCUAUUAAUUACUGAAAAAACUAUCAAUAUCAACUUACCAAACUGCCCGUGGGCGAAGUGAAACAGUAAAUAGUUGCAGAACCAAUCUGCUCACCGCAAUUACACGAUGCAAACGUUGAUUUUUAUUGGUUGAACUUUGUUUGCUCACUCAAGUAUGGUUUUGUUUCCAAUGGGGCUUCUUCUGUGAUCUUGCGUUUUUAUACAAUACAUUGAAGCCCUGUGCGGUGUGAAGAUUGAUUUUUUAUUUCUUUUGUCAUGUCGACAAGAGUUCAUAAAUUAUACCUACCCAGUAGUUUUAGGAUGUGACCAAAAACCAAGCAAAAGAGAAUAAGAGAUAAUUUUUGAUACAUUUCCUAUUCAUUCUGAUGAUGCAAGUAGUAGUGUUUAUAGAAUUUUGGCAUCUACAUUUGCAACGAUAUAGUACGCAACAUUAUACAUACGGUUAAUUGAAUUACAGAAAUAGACAUUCACACACUCCCCUCUUAGAUAGAUUGCAAGCUCUCCGUGUCAAAAAGGGUAUUUUUGGACCACGUGAGUGAAUGAUAGCAAAUAAUAUUGCUUAUGUGUAUAAAUUGAAUAAUUAAAAUCAAAACUGUAACGAAAAUUUCACUAAAUAAUCGA